AUGAUGCGACUAUCUCCUGUGAUUCUUCUUUCCUUCGUUAUUCUCAGUGUCAGAGUCGUCUUGUCAUCUCCAACAUUAUACCUCAUUGGGGAUAGCACUAUAGCACCGCACGAUGCCUCCGAGGGCAUCCAAGGUUGGGGCGUCGAAGUUACACCAUUUUUCCAAGGUAUCAACAUCGUGAACAAAGCCGCUUCCGGGAGGAGUGCACGAAGCUAUAUACGCGAAGGAAAAUGGGCCGAUGUUCAAAGUUCACUGAUUUCGGGCGACUAUGUGCUCAUUCAGUUCGGCCACAACGAUGGUGGCAACCCCCUCAAGAGCGACCGGGCACCCGUUUAUGGAACGAACGAUUCUGUCACUCAAAACGUCACACUCUCAGAUGGAACCACCGAAAUCGUACACACCUUUACCUAUUAUCUGUAUUAUCACCUCACUAUGCAGUGCUACACCAUCAUCGCGUCGCAAACCCCCGAUAACCCAUACGACAACUCUACUACUAUUGCUUACAAUCCUCCUAGGUUUGUCGCGUAUGCCAAAGAAGUGGCCAGUCUCAAGGACAUCCCUUACGUUGAUCACUUUUCGGCAGUAAUUUGGAUAUUCGCAAAAUUGGGAGAGACGACGGUGGACGAAUUCUAUCCACGGGACCACACCCACACCAACAUGGCCGGCGCUCAACAAGUUGCACGGGCUUUCAUCCCGGCUUAA